CUCAUGUGGCCUCCAGGGCUGUAAGGACGGCAGGAGAUCGCGUCUCUCCUCCUAGGUAUCUUAAGGGCAGCAGGCGGGGAACCGACUCUGUCGCAAAUGUCAGGCGGCAGAUGAGAUGCGGUCUACCCACUUGGCUGUCCUCCCUUCCAAGGCCGGAGGGCUGGGCUCUGCGGCGGGAGGUGCGCUGGCUGUCGCAGAGCCCUCUGGGAGUUGUAGUCCACGGCGGCGGGAGGUUUGACGGCGGAGGCCGGCUUAGCGCUCUCGGAACUCCAUCCCCCGCCGGCCCCCGCGACCUAGGCCGUUCCCUUUUCCUGUUCAGGAGACGAGGAGCCUCGCUGCAGCAAGUUGAGAAGAUUGGGGAAGGGGUGUUCGCCUUCCCGCCGAGUUCUCUGAGAGUGAGGGCUUGGCCUGCUCAGGACUGACUUCAGUGCUUAGAGUCUGAGAAAAAUGGCAAAUAUGGAUGGUGAUUCUAGGCAUCUUCUCAUCCCUGAGGUAAAUCAUGAAAUAAACCCUGGACCUAUGAAUAUCCAGUUUGAUUCAUCAGAUCUAAGAUCCAAAAGGCCUUUCCAUAUAGAGCCCACAAACAUCGUCAAUGUGAAUGAUGUCAUUCAGAGAGUUAGCGACCAUGCCUCUGCCUUGAACAAGAGGAUUCAUUACUACAGCCGGCUCACUGCUCCUGCAGACAAGGCACUGAUUGCCCCAGAUCAUGUAGUUCCAGCUCCAGAAGAAUGUUAUGUAUAUAGUCCUUUAGGUUCUGCUUAUAAACUUCAAAGUUACACUGAAGGAUAUGGUAAAAACACCAGUUUAGUAACCAUUUUUAUGAUUUGGAAUACCAUGAUGGGAACAUCUAUACUAAGUAUUCCUUGGGGCAUAAAACAGGCUGGGUUUACUACUGGAAUAUGUGUCAUCAUGCUGAUGGGCCUUUUAACACUUUAUUGCUGCUACAGAGUAGUGAAAUCACGAGCUAUGAUAUCAUCAGUGGAUACCACUACAUGGGAAUAUCCAGAUGUCUGCAGAUACUAUUUUGGUUCCUUUGGGCAGUGGUCGAGUCUCCUUUUCUCCUUGGUAUCUCUUAUUGGAGCAAUGAUAGUUUAUUGGGUUCUUAUGUCUAAUUUUCUUUUUAAUACUGGAAAGUUUAUUUUUAAUUUUAUUCAUCACAUUAAUGACACAGACGCUAUACUGAGUACCAAUGAUAGCAACCCUGUGAUUUGUCCAAGUGCCAGGAAUAGUGACCAUCCUGACAAUGACUCUAUGAUUUUCUACGCCAAUGACACGGAAAUCCACCAGUUUGAAAAAUGGUGGAAUAAAUCCAAGACAGUGCCCUUUUACCUCAUAGGGCUCCUCCUGCCACUGCUUAAUUUCAAAUCUCCUUCAUUUUUUUCAAAAUUUAAUAUCCUAGGCACAGUGUCCGUUCUCUAUUUGAUUUUUCUUGUUACCUUGAAGGCUAUUCGCUUGGGAUUUCAUUUGGAGUUUCAUUGGUUUAUGCCAACAGAAUUUUUUGUCGCAGAGAUAAGAUUUCAGUUUCCACAGCUGACUGGAGUGCUUACCCUUGCUUUCUUUAUUCAUAAUUGCAUUAUCACACUCUUAAAGAACAACAAGAACCAAGAAAACAAUGUGAGGGACUUGUCCAUUGCUUAUAUGCUGGUGACAUUAACUUAUCUCUAUAUUGGAAUCUUGGUUUUUGCUUCAUUUCCUUCGCCACCAUUAUCCAAAGAUUGUAUAGAGCAGAACUUUUUAGACAACUUCCCUAGCAGUGACAUCCUGUCCUUCAUUGCAAGGAUAUUCCUGCUGUUCCAGAUGAUGACUGUAUACCCACUCCUAGGCUACUUGGCUCGUGUUCAGCUAUUGGGCCAUAUCUUCGGUGACGUUUAUCCUAGCAUUUUCCACGUGCUGAUUCUUAAUCUAGUUAUUGUGGGGGCUGGAGUGAUCAUGUCCUGUUUCUACCCAAACAUAGGAGGAAUCAUAAGGUACUGCCUAUAUUCAGGAGCAGCUUGUGGCCUGGCCUUUGUAUUUAUAUAUCCAUCUCUCAUCUAUAUAAUUUCCCUCUACCAAGAAGAGCGUCUAACAUGGCCUAAAUUAAUCUUUCACGUUUUUAUCAUCAUUUUAGGCCUGGCUAACCUGAUUAUUCAGUUUUUUAUGUGAAAUACUCAACUGUCGUCUCAAGAGCUUUCAUGGUAUUUUGAACUUUGACAACAGUUCCACAUAAAUUCACUUGUAAAUGCUGUUGUUGCUGUAAUUCUAAAUGUUUCCUAAGGUAGUUUAAAAACAAGGGAAAUAGUGGCCCAUUAAUAGGUAAUUAUUAUUAGAGUGGGGAAAGGGUAGGAAGAGUGAUCUUAAUCUCUUUACUUUUCUCAUAUUCACUGAUCUCUUCAUUUUACUGUCUUUUCUGAGUAGAAAUACGUGCCCCUAGGGAAAAAUCAUGCUGGGUUUUGCUUUUAGAGAUGUGAGGUAGGUGGGUCUAUUUUGGCUACAAUAAGGAUUCUCAGGGUGUCACAGCAACUGUAUUGCCAGAUCCCAUUUGUGUUCUAUGUUUCAAUGAUUCACUUUCAUUUUAUUACUUAUUAGAGCAUUUCUGCUGCUUGCCCAAACCUUUACUGUUUGGAACAGUAAACCAAAUACCUCAUUUUAAAACAGAAGUAUCCAUGACAUCAGUGUUAGUGAAGUGAAUUCUUACGUGAGUCCUUAAUCUCUAUUUUUAAAAGAGAGAAGAAAAAGCAAUGUCAGUAUAGGCCCCAUGGUCAUGAAAUUUAUACAAAAUAAAGGAACUAGGAGAGUCUGUUGCUAUCUGGCUCCUCUUUUGUUUCUAAUCCAGUACCAGUUCCCCCAGCCAGAUUUUGCAUAGGAACAAUUAUGAUUGUCCCCCUAGACCCACGGGGCUCUUUUGCUUCUUGGAUCCCUGAGGAUUGCAUAGGAUAUGAUAACAGGCCAAUGGAGAAGAGUGUAGGAAGCAUGGCAGAGAGGGAUGUUUGAGGCCCUACAGGUAAUGGAGAGGGGCCAGAAAGAGUGAAGCCUCCUUUACAGUGUCUUCUUUGGGGGGUGACAGUGAUUUCUUUAACACAAGAAAGGAUUAACUCUGUCUGAAGUAUGAUGUCCAGAAGGACACCCCUCUUAGCUUACUGCUAUAACUGGCAGGGUAGAGGAUUAAAUCUCCAUUAAAAAAACUACUUGAGUCUGAGAAGAGGAUUAGGGAAUCAGAAUUUUUGGAAUUAAGACUCUCCUCUUUUUCUUUCAAACCAAAAGCCACACCAAAAUCCAAAUCCAUGUCUUCCAUGUAAUACAGCUUCCAUGCUCAGCUGGAAAAGUUAGAUUUCUCUAAUUUUCUGCUAAUGUUAAACAGUGUCUUGUGUUAAUACACAUCCCAAGAUAGUGUGUAUAUUUGCGUUAUUUCCUUCCUUUGAGAAAGAUAGGUGAAAUGGUUUUCAAACCUAGUAAAGUGCCCCAGAUUCAGGACCAGCAGAUAUUUCUUUUAGCAGAGCUUUCUGUCUAGUCCAUAAACCCAUACCUAUUUUUGAUGAACUCUAUUACCUAAAGCUCUUUUUUUUUAAAUCUCACUAGGAAGAUUCUCAAGCGUACACAAAAAUAGAGAAAAUAAUAUAAUAAACCCCCCAUAUUCAUCCCCUAGAUUUAGUAAUUAUGAGACUUUGCCACAUUGCUCACCUAUCCCCCUUUUUUUCUUUUCCACUGAAAUAUUUUGAAGUCAGUCUUGGACAUUAUGUCAUUUCAUCUGUACAAAUCUUAAUAUGUACUAAUAGCCUCUUGAACUUAGUUAUGUUUAUUGAGAGAGACAGUCUUGGAAGUUCUUUGUUGUUGUUAGCAGAAGUGGCUGGUUAAUUAUAAAAUUCUGCAUUUGGUGUCCAGAUUCCUGGGUUAACCUCUCAGAACAGGAGUAUAAGCAUGGAGAAGGUGUGUCUCUGUGCUUGGGGGCCUCUGAAUCUUUAUGACUUGAGAGUUUUGUUCAGUUAGAGAUACAGGAAUCGAAAGCUAGACCUUGAGAGAUGGUCUAGGCUUAAUCCCUGUUUAUCCCUAGUUGCCUCCCGUGUCUUUAAAAGCUUCAGAGACAGAAUUUUCAUUGCCUUUUUUCAAUGAUAUACUUGAAUAUUUUAACACAUGGAAAAAUGAUUUCAUAUAUUUUUGCCCGUUUAAUGAUCAAAGUGAGUAUGACAAUGAAUGUAUUAUUUAUUAAACUAAAAAGCAACAUGGAUAAUUGCUUUUUGUUUUCUUUAAAAGACUUGAUAAUUCAGAACUUCUAGAAUCCUCUGUUAGACUUAUGAUGACUUUGCCUUCUUAGGUUUCUUCUCACAGAACUGACUCCUUUGGCCUGUUAUUUAGCUUGGUUGGAAAACUCUGAAUGUGUGUUUCCUGGCUCACACGUUAGAAUGAUGAGAUAAGAAUUCAUUCCGAUCACAUUACAGUUAACUUUAUACUUUCUCUACUGUCAUCUCUUUGAAUUUUCUAAUUAAAUUUCUUUUACUUUUUGCUCUGACAUGGUUAAUCUUAGUUUCUUUGAAUUUAGUUUAUUUAAUGCACAACUGAGGAUGUGACAAAAUUUAAAAUGGUUUGUUUAAAGAGCUCUUCCUUGGAAAGGCUCUGGAUGAAUAUGUGGUAUGAUAACACUAAGCCAGAAAGGCAAAGAAAUAUGCUUUGACAUUCAACACCUGUGAAUGAUCAUCCAAAAUCAGUUUCAUCAUCACACCCAGAAAAUGUAUUUGAGUAAACAAUAAAUUUAUCCACAAAAAGGGACUGUAUUAAA